AUGGGAUACCCCGACACCUUCGAAGGAUUCAUGAUCGAAGAUCAGAAGAAGUGGACGGAGUUCAAGAAGCAAGAGUUCAAACCCAAAAAAUUCGGUGACAAAGACAUCGAUAUCAAGAUCGAGUGUUGUGGCGUUUGUGGGAGUGAUGUCCACACAGUCAACGGCGGUUGGGGUGACGCUCCUCUCCCUAUUUGUGUUGGGCAUGAAGUAGUGGGCCAUGCAGUCAAGGUUGGUUCCGCAGUGAAGGAUGUCAAAGUUGGGGACCGGGUGGGCGUCGGUGCUCAGAUUUGGGCUUGCUUGAAGUGUCCUCAGUGCAAGAGCGACAACGAGAACUAUUGUCCGCACAUGGUCGAUACUUACGGAGCACCAUAUCCCAAGGAGGUUGAUCCCGAUGAGACCAUCUCACAGGGAGGGUAUGCAUCGCAUAUCCGGGCUCACGAAUAUUUCGUCUUUCCCAUUCCAGAUGCCAUUCCCUCUCAUCUUGCGGCACCAAUGUUGUGCGCUGGCUUGACGGUUUGGUCGCCGUUGAAGCGGGCAGGAACUGGGCCAGGGAAGAAAGUCGCGGUCGUCGGGAUGGGGGGCUUAGGACACUUUGCGGUCAUGUGGGCCAAUGCCCUGGGCGCAGAAGUCACUGUUAUUUCCCACUCACCGAGCAAAAAGGAUGAUGCUCAGAAGCUGGGAGCCAAGCAUUUUGUUGUCAGCACGGAGGAGGGCUGGGAGAAGCCAUAUGCGUUCGGAUUUGACUUCGUGCUCAAUGCGGCGGAUAUGACCCAUGAGUUCGAUCUCGCCAAGUACCUGUCGCUGUGUAAGGUGAACGCUACUUUCCACCAGGUAGGACUACCUGAUGAGGCCCUUCCGCCAAUCAAGUCACAGAUGUUCAUGAGCAAUGGUAGCUCGAUUGGGGCCGGCCAUAUUGGCAACCGACCAGAAUGCUUGGAGAUGUUGAAGCUUGCCGCGGAGAAGAAGCUAUUCCCAAUGGUGGAAACAGUGUCUAUCUCAGAGACCGGUUGCAAAGAGGCGGUUACUCGAGUGGCGGAUAACAAGGUUAAAUACCGAUUCACCCUGACAGAUUAUGACAAGGCCUUUGGUAGUCGCGGCUAA